AUGACCGAGCUCCAUGAACUCCAUGAUUCGGGUACCGAGGGAUCGAGGGGCGAGAAAGUCGACGUAUAUCACGUGUGGAGGGCGCUGAUUGCGGCGGAGAAAUCAAUGGGUAUAUUUCGAAUAUCGUUUUUAGCAGCUAUUUUGCUAGUCCUGCAAAAAACCAGCGCUGAUAUUCCCGAUUGUAAUUUCUUUGACACCGUCGAUAUUUCGUCAGGUCAAAAGUUCCCCAAUGGGUCAUAUUUAUACGAAGAUCUACUAAUUCCCGCCGAGUUAACGGGAAUAUAUGACUUUAGGAUUCUACCGGACGACUCCAAAGAGGAGGUUAAAAGUCACAUGAGGGGAUGUGUUUGCAAACUGAAGACCUGUGUUAGAUUUUGCUGCCCACACGAUCACAUAAUGGUAAAUGGAGAGUGCUUCGAUGAUAUGACGGAGAAAGAACUCUUAGACCUCGAUCCUUACGUCGACGUGACCCUUGACGAUGGGUCAGAGGUCAAAAGGCACUUCAAGAAGGAACUAAUCGUUCAAUGGGACCUACCGAUGCCCUGUGAGGAUGGGAUGUUCUACCUGGACGAUCGAGAUGAAAUGGAUAAUUACACACUGUUCGAGAAUGGAACUUUUUAUCGCCAUUAUGACAACGCAAUUAUGAGCAAGCGAGAAUACUGUCUUCAGCAUCUUAAUUUCUCAGAUGGUAAUAAAACAUUCAUACGAAUUGCACCACAUAACUGCUAUAUAACACCAUCCAGAACAUGGCAGACCAUCCUAAUCAUCUCAUCGCUCGUUUGUAUGGUUUUCACGAUCAGCGUUUAUCUGUACGUUAAAAAGCUACAGAACCUGCACGGCAAGUGCUUCAUCUGCUACAUGGUCUGUCUCUUCAUGGGUUACCUCUUCCUGUUGCUCGACUUGUGGGGAUUAUCGGUCAGCAUCUGCAUUACAGCCGGUUUCAUGGGUUACUUUUUCGUCAUGGCCGCAUUCUUUUGGCUUUCGGUCAUCAGUCUGCAUCUCUGGAAUACUUUCAGCGGCACCUCCGGCAUGAUAAAUCGCUUCCUGCCAGAGCAUCGGUUUCUGGCCUACAACGCCUACGCCUGGGGAAUGGCCUCGGCUUUAACUGCAAUUACCUUUCUAGCUGAUAAGGUCGUGGAGAAUGAGUACUGGAAUCCUCGAAUGGCCGGCUCAGGCCAUUGUUGGAUAUACACUCUGGAGUGGUCAGCCAUGCUCUACUUCUAUGGACCUAUGUUGAUACUGAUUGUGUUUAACAUAGUCAUGUUUAUUCUGACGGCCGUUCGUAUAGUUCGAGUGAAGAAGGACAUUCAGAACUUUGCCCACAAGCAAGAGAGAAAGCAGAAGCUAAACUCGGACAAACAAACUUACACCUUCUUUUUGCGGCUCUUCAUCAUCAUGGGAAUGUCGUGGAGUUUAGAGAUAAUAUCCUACUUGGUGCAAUCCCACGAAACUUGGGCAGGAAUUUUUAGAGUGGCUGAUUACUUUAACUGGUCUCAGGGAAUUAUAAUAUUUGUGCUGUUUAUUCUAAAGCGCAGCACGCUGAAACUCUUGAGGGAUCGCAUUAAGGGUGAGAGUGAGGAUGCCCUUGACAGCGAAGAAGAGAUUUCGCUAGAGAAUACGAAAUAUGAUCGAAAUGUUCUGUAAUAGGUAAUCCGAAAGGAACCCAUUUUUUUGUUGGUGUUGG